AUGGACAAGCGAGAAUGCAUGCAUGCCAUGCUGAACUUUUGUCCUGAGGAUGACCUCUUCUCCAAUAUUACCGAGAGGGGUAGGUACGUCAGCAAUGAUGCUCCUGUCCAUCAGGCAUUUCUCCAGAUCUUGGAUAUCCCUCCCACUUGGGACAGUUGUCCUGAGGGUGAUCUCUUCUCCAAUAUUACCGAGAGGGGUCAGUACGUGAGUAAUGAUGCUCCUGCCCGUCAAGGUUUCCGGGAGAUCUUGGAUGCUCCCACCCUGGAACAAUGCCAUUGGGGAACAUGCCACAAAGAGCUACCGAAACAAAGGCCAUCCCAAGCGCCUCAAGAUACAACCUCCCAUCUCAUCAGAAAUGAGCUGUUUGAGUCUGAUAUCUCUCUGACCGCCACCUUCACCGGAAAUACAGAGCUUUAUGGAUCUGGAGUGCCGACUUUGCCCUUCGAUUUCAAUCAGGCUGUUUUCGACCCGCUGUUCUGGGAUCCUAACACUUUUGUUUUCGAUACUCACUCGGCCAAUGACAUGUCGACUCCCAUCCCUCUCUAUUUCGCAAACGAUGUACUUCAGUCACCACAAUGCAUCGACUCCCCUUUCAACAAUGGAGAGCAAGUGUAUGACUCAGCCCAUCCCCCAACGAAUCAACCGCAGUCCCAACGAUUUCACUGCGACGCGGAUGGCUGCACCAGGCAUUACAAGCGAAAGCACGAGCUGAAGCGCCACCAGAAAGAUCAUGCUGAGACCAAAGCCUAUCAAUGCCGCGUCCCAUUCUGCAACAGGUCUGGAGAGAAUGGAUUUGCUAGGAGUGAUCAUCUAAGGCAGCAUAUGAGGAAGGUCCAUGGGAUGAAGUUGAGAAGGAAUUAG